UUUGUUCAUUUGGAUUUGGCGAGGCGAUGGGAUCACUCGACGAUAGCGAAGUUUCAAGCGGGAUCAUCCCCAGCGAAGUUUUCCCCCUUCUCCACAAGCUCGCCGGGAAGUGGCCGGAUGUCUUGGAUGCUCUGGACGUGACAUGGAGGCCGCUCAAGGGAGCUAUGACGAAUCACAUCUACGAGUGCCAGUGGCCGGGGGGGAGCGGCAGGGUCGGCGAGCAGCAGCGCAAGGCGCUGGUGAGGAUUUACGGCGACAGCGUCGACAUCCUGUUCAAGCGGGAGGACGAGGUCCGGAUUUUCGAAUUCGUGUCGCGCAAGGGCCAGGGGCCGCGUCUUCUUGGCCGAUUCCCCAAUGGCCGAGUGGAGGAAUUCAUCCAUGCCAGGACGCUCACGGCUGCCGAUCUUCGCGAUCCUGGAAUCUCCGCACGGAUUGCGGCCAAGAUGUGGGAAUUCCAUCGCCUGGAUUUGCCGGAAUCGCACGAGCCUAAGCUGUGGGAGCGCUUGAGGGACUGGCUCCAAAAGGCGGAGAAGCUAUGCUCGCCUCAAUCGAUGCAAGAAUUCCACAUGAAGAGAUUGGAGUCGGAGAUUCGCGAGGCCGAGAGCACCAUCCCGGAGCCUGGCGAUGUGAUUGGGUUUUGCCACAACGAUUUACAAUACGGGAAUAUCAUGCACAACGAUGCCACCGACGCUCUGACCAUUAUAGACUACGAGUACGCCAGCUACAAUCCCGUGGCGUUUGACAUUGCGAAUCACUUCUGCGAGAUGGCUGCCGAUUAUCACACGGAAUCUCCCCACCGCCUGGACUAUGCCAAGUACCCAGAUGAAGAUGAGCGGCGAAGAUUCAUAGAAGCGUACCUGGAUUCCUCUGGAUCAAAAGCGAGUCGAGGAGAUGUGGACACGCUACUGCUCCGAGUUGAUCUGUAUGAACUUGCGAGCCACUUGCACUGGGGCCUCUGGGGAAUAAUUUCGGCAGCUAUCUCAGACAUUGACUUUGAUUUCCUCGAGUAUGCGAGGCAGCGGUUCCAGCGCUACGAUGAGAGGAAGCGUGAAUUAUGGCCAAGGACAAUGAAGAAAUAUCCUUUAGAAAGUGUAUCAUAUAUCUUGAGAUCGAAAUAAACAGAUACAAAAUUCCAGCGA